GAUAUCUGAUGUUUUACGAAGACUCGAGGCUUCAGUGAAGCCAGGAUGACCCCAGAGAAAGGAAUUGACAAAAAUUUAACAAGCAAAUAGGCCAACAAAGGUAGUCAGUUGACCCCUGAGGACUUGCAGUGAUGCCGCCCCCUCCACCUCCCCCACCCCCGGGGGCACCGCCUCCUCCCGCAGUCAAAUCUGCAGGUCGUCCCGUGGCAAAAAAAUCAGGAGGGACAACUGAUCGAGGGGCUCUAUUAAGUGCCAUCCAUAAAGGGACUGCACUAAAAAAAACUGUGACCAAUGACCGUAGUGCCCCAGCUGUAGGAGGUAACAAGCCUUCGCCAGCAGGUGGUGGCCGUGGAGCGGGCCCACUGAUGCCCCCUGGUGGAGGGGCCAGCAAAUUCAACACAGUAGCAUGUCACAAUAAUCGGCCCAACAGUAGAGAACUUCCGAACACAUGGCGUGGUGCACAGGAUGAUGGGGGAACGCCCACUCCACCAACUGUUGGAGGCCUUGGGGGUCUGUUUGCGGGAGGGGUACCAAGAUUACCCAGUGCUAACAAGAGACAACAAGGAGGACCAAAAGCGCCCGGACCCUCUCAAGCCCUUCGUCCGUCUGGACCCCGCAUGUCAAAUGGACCAUCAGUGAUUUCUAAUGGACCAGGAAGAAAUGUGGGUGGACCUCCACCUCCUCCGCCAUCAAAUUUGAAGCCGAGUCUGAACUCUCGACCAGUUUCCAAUGGACAAAGUCGGCCUGGCCCGCCACCUCCCCCGCCUGCCCAGAACAAGCCAGGUGCGGUUGGCAGCCCAGGAAAACUGUCAAAUGAAGACAGAAAUGGACAUGUGAGAGGGAGCAAUACCUCAUUAAGUAGUAUCUCAUCAAGAAUUUCACUUGGUGAAUCGAAUAGUUCUAUAAACAAUAAUGCUCGCCCGAGGUCAGGGGUCAUUGGUGGUGGUGUUCCAAGGUCACAACCUCCCCCACCCCCGAACCGACCUCCUCCUACGACAGCACCUGGGAAGCCUUCAGGACAAUGGCCACCUCCCCCUCCCCCGCAAUCGGCCAAAGUGCCAGGAGGCCCGCCCCCGCCACCCCCACAGUCGGCAAAAGUGCCAGGGGGACCGCCCCCGCCUCCCCCACAAUCAGCAAAGAGUGGAGCUCCCCCUCCACCACCUCCACAGUCAGCUAAGGGACCUGGAAAUCGACCCCCAAGUAUGGUAGGAAGGCCCCUUCCACCACCUCCCUCACAGGGAGCACCACCUCCCCCUCCUUCAAACAGACCUCCUCCCCCUCCAUUAGCAACAUUAAAACCAACAGUGACAUCAGGUCGGCCAUCAUCUGCCAGGACAAAUCAGCCCCCACCCCCUCCAAGCCAACCUCCAUCUCGACAAGGAGGUCCCCCGCCACCACCUCCAACAAGAACAACAUCAACGCAAAACGGAGGGACAUUGCCUCGGGCUGCAGGGGUGAAGCCACCUCCUCCACCAAUUCGAGGCCCCCAGAGCACAGGUGCUAUUCCCCCACCCCCUCCACAGAGGCGGUCGGGCAACUACUCCGGUGGAAGCGAAGAUUUUGAAAAUAGAUUCAGAUUUCACAAUGCAAAUGAGUGUCCACCUCCGGAACCAUUCAGUAAAAUCAACAAGACAUAUCCAAGUAAAAAUCCUAGAAAUCCAGGUAAAAACACAGGAGUAAGAAAACCUCCACCACCUCCUCCACAAUGACAAGUUUGAUUCCCUAGGGUUUACUCAUCAAUUCCUUUAUAUAUGCAAAAGACUGUGUUUGCAUUCAAUGCCAAUGAAGUGCAAUGUGCAUUACUUGUAGCAAGGGCAAGGACAAGUCUACAAGCAGCAGUCAUUAACUUGUAUCUAGGUCUGAUCGACAGUAGAUAUCAACAGGAUUGUCUGGAUAUGUGAAUUCUGUCAUUGACCUGUGUAUUCGUUCAGCAAACUUUAUACCAGAUGAAUGCUUCUGGUGUGUUCAUCUGAACAAUCUGCAUUGGAGAAAGACAUUAGUUUUCCAAAGGAGAUGAUCCUAUUUCCAAGGGAGAUAAUCCUAUUUCUUGUAUGAACAUCUGACAACUCUUGUUAUAGAACAAUGGUAUCAGUUUCCCUUGUCAAGUUUAUAAAAAAUUCAGUGUUGAUUUUCUAUAAGCCUGUAGGUUUUCCGAAGGUUCUUUCUUCCUUUGCGGGUGAUAGGUAAAGUAUUUCCAUGUCUUGAACAGGUCUUAACUUGAGUUAAAGAUUUUUUUUAAAUCAAGUGAAUAUUUAACAAUGCAGAAUAGCUCCCCAGCCAUGUAAGAUGUAGUUGGUCUGUUAUUAAAGUAGACACCGUAAAACCUGCUCAAUCUAAGAUAUUUUAUAUAAAAUCUUAUUUGGUCAAGUAAAGAUUCUUUGUACGAUGUGAAGAAAAUAACUAUAAGUCUUGUAAACCUUUAUCAUUUUCACACAGAUUUUUUUAUUCCUUAUUUGAACUUAGGAAUUGGCUUGUGAAAAACAGACUGAUAGAGAAUUUGUCAUCUGUAAUUUUAUAUACACUUGACUGAUGUCCUGAUUUGUUCUACAGUUUGUCAUCUGUGAUAUGUAAAUUUGUUACAGUUUAUACCCCUAUGUUCUUUAUGAGUGCUGUUAUACUUACAUAUAUAGUAUGUAUUAUCUACUUAAAGGAGAACAAAGGCUUUCACACGCUUCUAUCAGCUAAUGCAGCUUAAUCAUGUAACACAGCGUAUAUAACAAAACUUUUCAAACACAAAACAUGUGAACGCUUGGACCUAAGCUUAAAGUGUAGCAAUAGUGUGGAGCUUGUCUGUCUGUAAAGAAUUUCUUCAAAAUGAAAUAGUUUUUUUUUUUUGUAGAAAGCAAUUACACUUCUUUAAUAAAAAUUUAAUCACAAAAUGAUAAAUAUGUCUGAUAUUUUUUCAUGUUUAGU